UUCUAAGAUCUGAAGGCUCCAUUAUCGUCAAUUACUCUUCUUCUAGACACGUCAUUGCAUAAAUAUUUAAUGUAUUUUAAUAGUAAAUGGCUUUGGAACUCGGAGGAUGCCGGCUAGUUGCCGGUGCUAUGGAAACAUGGACACGAAGGGGUGGACCAUGUCUCUUGAAAUUUUGCGAUGAUAAUCACGUCGAAAACAUUCAGUGAUAUAAUGAGCACAUGGAAAAUAGUACAACGGCGGUGCUACGACCUCCUUUCACAUAAAUACUCGCUACUUGUAAUUCUUAUAGCAUUUACUUGCAUAUUCAUCGGCAUAAUACAUUUUGGAGAGGUUUGGAUAGCAUGGAGCAAAGAGAAAUACAAAGCAGUAUUUCAUUCAUUCAAUGACAAUAUACUUGGUAUAUCAUUUCAAAAUAAAUUGUGCCAACAUGUACCCAUCGAUGUGGUGUAUACAUGGGUAAAUGGUUCCGAUCCAGCAUUUCUGAAAAACCUUCAGAGAUAUGUUUCUCGAAACGAUAUAAAUGCAGCUACACCGAGGUUCAGUGACAAAGACGAACUACGCUAUUCGCUUAGAUCCAUAGAAAUGUACGCCCCUUGGGUGCGACAUGUAUAUAUUGUAACCAAUGGCCAAAUACCAAAUUGGCUGGAUAUGGAUAAUCCACGUAUGACCCUUACUAAACAUGAUGAUAUUUUUCUUGAUCCAGCCGAUUUACCGACAUUCUCUAGUCCUGCAAUUGAAAGUCAUAUACAUAGGAUUCCUGGUCUGUCCGAUAAAUUUUUAUACUUUAAUGACGAUGUGAUGCUGGGUGCAGAAAUAUGGCCUGAGGAUUUCAUAACACAAGCAGGUGGUCAAAAAAUAUACCAAGCAUGGUGGGUCCCAGAUUGUUCUGAAAUCUGCCCAUGGGCAUGGGUUGGAGAUGGAGCAUGCGAUCCGGCUUGCAAUACAACAUUGUGUGAAUUUGAUGGUGGUGACUGUGACGUUACACCAAUGACAACAGAUAGUGAACCGCUAAAAGAAGAAAGUGAUUAUCCUUACAAAUUUUUACAGGAUACACAAUUAAAAAAUCAAGAUGCUAUGAGAAUUUUGAAUAUUUUAAAAAAUAGGAGCAACAUACUGACUGCGAUGACCAGUAUUGGAUCACUAGUUCAGAGAUCAUUGAAGUCGAAUGAAUCUAAUGUAUGGAAAACUGAUACAAACAUAUUUCAUAAUAAAGAAAUAGACAGAAAGUUUGAUAGAGUAGAAAAUAAAAAUAUGACGUUAAAUAGACAGAAAACUCAAAUUGAUACCACAGAGGAAAGCAUAAUCUCCAAUAUUUUACAAAUGAAUAAAAUCGGGGCAUUUAAUCGAACAGAACGUCGCGUGCAGCUUAGACCGCGUCUGAACGACGAUAUUAUUAAUUUGGUUCAUGUCAAUAAUACCGGUAAAUUGUACAAGUUAAAAUAUAAUGAUCAAUGGAAACGUAAGGUGAGGCAGCUUGAUACCUAUGCGGAGUCAUUACUAUAUGUUAAUAGAAUUUAUAAUGCAGCUUACGGUUUUGAGAGAAGGAAAGUACCAGCUCACAUGCCACACUUAUUAGAUAAACGGAUUGUACGUGAAAUGCAAAAAAAGUUCCACAGUGAAUUUAAAAAGACAUCGAGUCACAAGUUAAGGAGUUCCGAAGACAUGCAAUAUGCAUUUUCUUACUUCUACUUCUUGUCUAGUGAGAGACGGAACGUCUCCGUUGCAGAGAUAUUUGAUAUGUUUGACACGGAUAAGUCAGGGACUUGGUCAGACAGAGAAAUUCGAACGUUACUGUCCCGAUUGUAUAUACUGCCAUUAGACUAUAGCUUAGUCUUAGAAUUUGAAAAUAUCAUAACGAAUUGUUCUCGUAAUGUUAUCAUUACUGAAACUCCGGAGCCACCGAUAGGUGAAAGAUAUCUCGAUUCAACUCUUCCAAUUGUUUCCAGAGAACUCAUACUGAAAUGCGAAAGUAUAGCUAAAAAAAUUCAAUCAAGAUUCGGGAAAUGCAGACGAUAUCAAUAUGAAAUAAUUAAAGCUGGAAAAAAUGAAAUUUUUGAGAUGCUAAUCAGUAAUAUAUCAUUGACGGUGCAGCUUUUAGAUGAAAUACGAAGGGAACCGAAAAAAUUCAUCUGCUUGAACGAUGACAUGGAUCCCCAUCGGCCCUCUGAAAAUGAAAUUGUUCGAGCAUUGUUAAGUGAUUUUUAUCGCUCAUUGUACCCAUUAAGAAGCAGUUUCGAACUACCGGCUCAAUAUCGAAAUCGUUUUUCACAUCGACAGGAACUCUUUGAAUGGAGAACAAACCGCGCGAAAGCUAGGAAUUUAUUAUUGGUGCUUAUUGUAAUAUUACUUCUGCUUACUUUAUACCAUCUCUUUUAUCACCAGGUGCGUAGGUUUUUAAGAAUUCGAUCGCUGCCUGCUUUUCUCGUUUAAGUGCACGGAAUUCCUAAGCUGGAUCUUUCUUAACUCUCAAAAUGAUCGUCAUUUUUUAUUAUUUAGAAAACAAGGAAAGGGUUCUAUUCUCAACCCUUUGCCUUGAUUAUUAAAUAAACUUUUAUUCAUCUCUUAUAUUGUAUGCGAUAUGAAUCAUUGUCACUAUUUAUAUGCUAACGUCAAUUUGUAUUGUCAUGUCUAGUGAAUAAUUUCAGAACCAUUGGGAAGAUGGUCCUAAAAUGUAAUCACUUGUAAAGUUUUUGGACAUAUUUCGUUACAAUCAUCGUCAAAAAGAUAUAUUGGAACAUUAUCAAACAAUGAAACAAUUUCAACUACUAUUUUAUUCGUUGCUGUGAUAAAUAAGAUAUUGCCCUUUUUUUCUUUUUUUUUAAUUUUCCUUAUGUAGCGGUAUUAAUGUUAAAGUAUAUUAUUUCUAUUUUGUUUAUGCUUGUUUGAACACAUUAUUGUACCCCUAAUAAAAAUGAUCUGCUUUUAUUUUA